AUGGGUUACGAGCAGGUGUCUUCGGCCCCAGUCGACCUCCACCAUCACCCGUACUCCACAUCCUCAUCUGCAUCGUCAUCCGCCUCUUCUCUGGCCAUGGCUGGUGUGCAUCACAAUGCGACACCAUCUCAAAUUUACAACAUGAGUGCUCAUACCCUUAGGGUCGGAAAUAGUGGCCCCAGUCACCAUAUGCAUAAUAGUGCAAUGCCUCUUAGGUCUUUGUGUCACCAGGAUCCGUUAGGCGGAAAUGGUAGCGGCGGGGAUAGCACCAGCGGAUUGAUCCUUUCAGGGAGAUAUGAGAGCCUUGGAGGGGAUAUGACUGGGGGUAAUGUGAUGACUGUUAGCAACGGGGAUAUGUAUAAUGGGACAUAUGCUCCUUACCUUCAUCCUGAUAUUACGAGCAACAUUCACGGCCAACAAUGGGCCACCAUGUCUGGAGGACGGAGCUCGAGUCUCUAUUUAGACCAAGAUCAGUCUCCAAUGAACAACUAUAUUUCACCUAACCAGUCUAUGGGAAACUUCGGUGUAGUAUUUCCAGCGCUUAGUUCCCUUUCUUCUUCUCUUCCCGAUGGGGCAUCUCCAAGGACUCCCGGGGGUGAAAAGGUCCAGCUUCCACUGCCGAUUCGAACACAGGCUUCAGAAGCAAUGGCCAAUAAUGCGGGAAACCUAAGGCCUCCAUCUAUAGGGAACACUCUGGUGAACGAUUCGACAUCUUCCAACUAUGAGCGCCAGUCACUCCAGGCCUCGUAUAGAGUAUUCCCUAGUAGUUGGGCUGGGGAUUCUUCCUUCUCGGCGACCUCCCAGUCAGCUGGUAUGGCUGUAAAUUCCCCUACCGCCGCAGGAAUGCCCUCGCAGCCAACACCCGCUUUGCCUGUACCGUGUCAGAUAAGCACGUACGACUCACACAACCCACCAACAUUCCCGCUCUCUUCAUCGAAUAGUUCUUUGCUUCCAUCCUUGUCGCAACAAAACCCGCUCAUCUCGAGCUCUUCGGUAGAUUCAUUUCCUCAGGCUCUAGCACACCAGCAAAACCAGAAGAAUCGUAGCAAUUCCGAGUCAAGCAACAGCUCAAAAACUAUAGCGCCAGCAGUAGCAAUUCGAACAAAUUCUACGCCAAGCUAUACGCGAUCGAGCGUAGGUGGGUGUCAUCAAUCCAAUGAUCAAUUUGGGGAGGGCUAUACAAAUUUAGUCUAA